CGCACUGGAAUGUCAACAGACAGGAAGCAACACUGUGGACCUCACCAUGCUUUCCCAGCCUGGUGGGCUGGCCCUCCUCUGCUUUCUGCUGAGCCUGCAGGGGUCUCUGGCCGCAGUCUUCAUCAUGCAGGAGGAAGCCCAAAGCGUCUUGCACAGGCAAAAGCGUGCCAACUGGUUCCUGGAGGAGCUGAAGCCAGGCUCCCUGGAGAGAGAGUGCAAGGAGGAACAGUGCUCCUUUGAGGAGGCCCGGGAGAUCUUCAGGAACGAGGAGAGACUGGAGAAGUUCUGGAUUUCUUACACAGAUGGGGACCAGUGUGCCUCGAAUCCAUGCCAGAAUGGAGGCACCUGCGAGGACCAGUUCCAGUCCUACAUCUGCUUCUGCCCUGAGGAGUUCGAGGGCCGGCACUGUGAGACAAACAAGGACGACCAGCUGAUCUGCGAGAACGAGAACGGGGGCUGCGAGCAGUACUGCAGCAACCACGAGGGGGCCAAGCGCUCCUGCUGGUGCCAUGAGGGGUACACACUCCAGACCGACGGGGUGUCCUGCACACCCACAGUUGAAUAUCCAUGUGGGAAAAUACCUGUUCUGGAAAAAGGAAAUGACAGGGAACACCAAGCCCGAAUUGUGGGUGGCAAGGUGUGCCCCAAAGGAGAGUGUCCUUGGCAGGCAGGGCUGAAGAUGAAUGGGGUGCUGCUGUGUGGGGGCACCCUGAUCAAUGCCACCUGGGUGGUCUCCGCAGCCCAUUGUUUCGACAGAAUCAAGAACUGGAAGAACCUGACAGUGGUAGUGGGUGAGCAUGACCUGAGUGAGGAGGACGGUGAUGAGCAGGAGCGGCAUGUCACUCAGGUCAUUGUCCCCAACAAGUACAUCUCAGGCAAGACGGACCACGACAUUGCCCUGCUCCGCCUGAGCAGGCCUGUGACCUUCACCGACUAUGCAGUGCCCCUGUGUCUGCCUGAGAAGGCCUUCUCUGAGAGGACCUUGGCCUUCAUUCGAUUCUCGACCGUCAGCGGCUGGGGACAGCUUCUCAACAGGGGUGCCACAGCCCUUGAGCUCAUGACCAUUGAUGUGCCCAGGCUGAUGACCCAGGACUGCCUGGAGCAGUCGAAACAGAAGCCAUACUCCCCAAAGAUCACAGAGAACAUGUUCUGUGCUGGCUACCUAGAUGGGAGCAAGGACGCCUGCCAGGGGGACAGCGGGGGCCCGCAUGCCACCAAGUUCCAGAGUACCUGGUACCUGACAGGCAUUGUCAGCUGGGGUGUGGGCUGUGCAGCCAAAGGCCAUUUCGGGGUGUACACCAGAGUCUCCCAGUACAUUGAGUGGCUCCAAAGGCUCAUGAGCUCAGACAUACACUCAAAAGGCCUCCUCCGAGUCCCACUCCGCUAGUCCCUCAGUGUUGGCUCCGUGGACCCUGCCUGUGAAAUAAAGCUGCUGUUGCUUGA